ACAGAGUCUGGUAGAUUGACCAAUCAGAAAUCUGUUGACAAAUCGAGUCAUUCUGCUGAGUCCAACUUUGAAAAGUACAUACAGUCACAAUGGAUUAAUCUUUAAAAUGUAGCUAGUUCUUGAUCAUAUCUUAAACUUGAUUGACGGAGACAACUACAUAUAGUUUGGAUUUGCAUACUGUCUUGCCUUAUAUGUGGCAUUACGAUUCCAUUCUCAAGAGCAAGGGAGUAUUCAUGAAAUGAUCCUUACCUUAUUAGGCAAAAUAUUGAGCUACUGAAGAAUUUAAAAUCAACCUAAGGACAUUGCAAUGAAUGUAGUACCUAACCCAAGGAAGGUGUUGCGUUCACCUAGCUUGAAGCGGAAGAGUAAACCCAUACCUUUGUCAGACAGGGUUACCUUAGAGCGAGUACUUGGGUUGACUGUAAGCAGCAGUGCAUCUUUAACAUGUGACCCAAACACAGGAACCAUUGCAUACCCAGCAGGGUGUGUGAUAGUUCUAUUUCACCCCAAGAAGAACAAACAGAGUCACAUAUUCAACACAAGUCGCAAAACACUGACAUGUCUGUCAUUUUCCUCAGAUGGCAAAUAUAUCGUCACUGGAGAGUAUGGUCACUUGCCAUGUGUCAGGGUGUGGGACGUCGUGGAGAAAACACAGCUGGCGGAGUUUAUGGGACACAAGUUCGGGAUCAGCUGUGUGGCCUUCUCCCCAAACUUACGCUACAUAGUCUCCAUUGGGACCCAACAUGACAUGGGAGUUAAUGUAUUCGAAUGGAAAGUCAACCGUAAAGUUUGCUCUAACAAGGUAUCCUCUAAAGUAAAGGGUGUUGCCUUUAGUGAAAAUGGACAACAAUUCGCAACAAUUGGAAACCGUCAUGUCAGAUUCUGGUACCUUGAAUCGAGUAAAUCUAAAAUCAAAGGAGAAACAUUGCCACUUGUUGGUAGAAAUGGUAUCCUUGGGGAACAAAGGAAUAACUGCUUCAUGGAUGGAGCAUAUGGGAAGGGGCAAAACAGUGAGGUGUUAUAUGUGAUAACUCAAAGCGGAUUACUAUGUGAGUUUAAUGAACAAAGGCUCCUUGAUAAAUGGGUUGAAUUAAGGACGUCCCAAGCAUUUUGUAUGUCAGUGGGAGAAGAUGCUAUAUACAUAGGUUGUUCCGAUGGUAUAGUGAGGAUUUUCGAUUCAUAUAAUCUUCACUUCGUGGCUACUAUGCCACGCCCACAUUACCUCGGAGUCGAUGUCUCACAAGGGUUGGAACCGAGACAUUUAGUGGAGUACCCUGACAAUGCUAAGUUUCCACAGACUGUUGCAAUAGCAUUCGAUGAUGUGAGCAAUAAAGUGACAUGUGUAUACAGUGACCAUAGUCUCUAUAUGUGGGAUGUUACAGAUGUCAAGAAGAUUGGGAAGGUCUGGUCCUUCCUGUAUCACAGUCAGUGUAUAUGGGAUAUUGAUACCUAUCCAGAUAUAAAGGAAGGACAUGAUGCAUUACCGAAAGGGUCAUUCAUUACAGCCUCUGGGGAUAACACCAUAAGAAUCUGGAACUUAGAGUCAAAUAUGCAAACAGACACCGCUUACAGGAGAAAUAUAUACAGCAAUGAGCUUGUAAAGAUAGUGUACCUGGAUGGUAAUAGAGAGCAUUUGUGUGAUGAGAACAGCAAUGUUGCGGGUACAACAGACAAGACAGAUGCUGCUGAGGCUAAGGUGGGGGUGAGGACCCUCAAGAUCUCACCCUCUGGGCAACAACUCGCCUCUGGGGACAGAUGUGGAAAUAUAAGGGUUCACAAUUUGCAGUUCAUGGAGCAGAUGGCCUAUGUCGAAGCUCAUGAUUCGGAGGUCCUAUGUCUGGAAUAUACCAAGCAGACAAAGGGCGCUAAUUUCUUAGCAUCUGCCAGUAGGGACCGCUUGCUUCAUGUCUUUGAUGUGGAGCAAGAUUAUGGACUUAUUCAGACCCUAGAUGACCAUUCCUCUUCCAUUACUGCUGUUAGAUUCUCAGAGAAUGAAGGCCAGAUAAAAUUGCUCAGUUGUGGUGCUGAUAAAUCAAUUCUCUUCAGACAUGCUCAAAUGAACCCAGACUUCCAGUUUGUUCUCCAAGAACACCUUGUGGGAAAGAAUACUUUGUAUGACAUGGAUAUAGACCCAACACACAAGUUUGUUACUACUGCCUGUCAAGACAGAAAACUCAGAAUUUAUAACAUCAAGACAGGUAAACAGAAGAAGUGUUAUAAAGGAGCACUUGCUGAUGACGGCACGCUCAUUAAAGUCUCAAUUGACCCAACUGGAAUGUUUGCUGCGACAAGCUGCUCAGACAAAAGUCUGUGUGUCUAUGACUUUUAUUCUGGAGAGAUUGCAGCCUCAAUGUUCGGGCAUUCAGAGAUAGCUACAGGGGUGAAAUUCAGCAAUGAUUUACGCCAUCUGAUAUCUGUGUCGGGGGAUGGGUGUAUAUUUGUGUGGCGAUUGGCUCCAGAAGUGACCAAUCAAAUGCUGAAUAGAAGAUCUGAUAUGGGCCAGGCAACAUUUGACGUCAAGACUGAAAACCCUAAGAGAGAGACAUUUGUGACUGUCCCCAAUGUGCUUGAGAGACUAGGCAGGUCCCCAGAACCUGAAGACUUCCCAGUGCAGACCCUGAAGGAGCCCUCUCCCAUUCCACAUGAGACCUCACCCAAACCAGACUUCCAGUUGGAGGUGGGGGAUCUGCCAUCCUGGGCUAAAAAACAGAUCCAAGCAGAGCAGUUUCAAGAGCCUGAGGAGAAUGUUCCUGGUGCUGUGCCAGCCCGGGGAGCCUGGGCCCAGAGGCUUGAAAAUGAGGGAGUUUUGACAGUGAAAUCUGUCAUGGAUGACAAUCCUAUGGUGAACCCUAUGAGUGCUCUUGAGAGAAGACGCUAUACAAUUGAACCAGAACAACACAUCUCUGACAUACGUCGUGAUACCAUGAUCAUUUCAAGGGACCACAGAGCAUCAAAUGUUCCAAUCAUAAGUGAUGUAGAUAACGAAGGUGAUGAUGAAGAUGAUGAGUUUUUCCCACCCCAAUCACGAGAACAACUGGAGAGGAAGUUACAGCGUGGGAGCAGCUUUGAUUCGGACAGCUCUAUUACAUUCAGGUCAGCAUAUGCUACACAAGAGGAAGAUGCAGAUGAUGAUGAAACUGAAGAAGUCAUCUACUACCCUCCUAGCAGGGUCAGCAUAUCUGAUGGCACACAGAAUAGUUUCACAGUAACUGAAUCCAUUGGAGGGAGACAGAGGGAAGGUUUAAAGAAUGAUGAUGGGGAUUCUGAAAAUACCCAGGAAUCUGAUGAAGAGAUGGAUGACAUGAUGUCCCCUGGUUCAUCCGACCCAAACACACCCAUGGAGUCAGGCACACCUGGACAGUUCCUGAAAACAAACUUUGAAAGUUUAAGUACUGCUGGGGAACCUAACUUGGGUCAGGAACAGUUUGGGAACAAGAUAGAGUCCCUUGAGCCCUCAUAUCCUAACCACAGACUGAGCAUAUCCUCACGGUUCCUCUCCCGUUCUCAAGCCACACAUCUAAGUAGUAACAUCGUCCCCAAUAAUGCUCAAUCAACCAUGAUCAGAAGGAACUUGUAUAACCAAGCUGUACAGAGAGGCAACGAAGAGGAGGCAGAAGCUAAGAGGGUAGAACAGGCCAGAGUUGAAGCAGAGGCCAGAGAACGUCUAGCUGCUUUACAGUGGGCACCAAAAGGUGGCAGUGAGGAUUCUACACACACUCCUGGGGACAAUGCUGAAGAAUUCCCAGUAAAGCUCAGAAAUAGGGACCAUAUCAACAAAGAUGUAAGCAAGCGCCAAUCGACAGAUGGACAUCUAGUGAAAUCAGUUUCCAAGGCAAAUCUGAACAGGCGCUCUUUAGGACCAACCAGUAUGACCCCUACCUCCGUGUCAGACAAGCCUGUGCCUUCUUAUAUGAGGCAGACAUCCACAUCGCGGGCCAAGAGAGGUCAGAACUCCAAGGAGAACACCCCCACCACGACAACCACAGGCCUCUCCAGAGCAAGAUCUGUACAGUCCUUAGACCAGGUAGGGACUGGGAGUGGGAAUGGAAGCGACCCCCGUAAAGUACAAAACUUGCCAAAAAAGCGUACUCUUAGAUCAACUAGAUUGAGCUCGAGAUUAUCCAAUGCAAUGUCUACUCCCGAUUUAUCUCAAAUUGGCACUGGAAAGGAUGAUGAUAUGAAAGUGGUGGAUAUUGAUAUUGAUUCUGUAUCUGAUCCAGAAACAAAACAGAAAGCACGCAGCAAAUCCACAUCUGAUCCCAAUACAGGAAUUCAUAAAUAUUCACUGCGAUCCCGUCGAAGUGAACUUCCGAAGAAUGAAAACCUUAAUAAUUUAUCAUCUAGUAGUGAGGAUGUGUCACAGGGGUCAUUUAAAGAUGUAUUCACUAAACCAUCUAAGAAACCAUCUAGGAAAUUACCCAGUACAGAUGGACUAAAAGUUGGAGAAAGGGCCAGUGAAAUUUUAAGAAGUGGGAGUGAUAGCUCUCAGUCAUCCACUAGUGGUUUGCUGGACUCUAAAACUAAGGGAGCAACUGAGCCUUUUCAGAAUAGUGGUGAUCGAUUAGCCAUGCCUCCACCUCCAAAUGCAAAUGUUGCACGCUCCAAGCAAGAUCUUUUCCUGAAGAGAUCGGCUGAUGCUUCCAGAAGUCGAUCUAACAAGAACCUAAGUUUAUCAGAAGCUAAGGAUAUUUUGCUAGGGAAAUCAAAUGACAAGCUUCCUCCUCGGCCCACCACUCAAAAAGAUCAAGAAGCCUCCAAAGCUGAACCACUAAAAACUCGACCUAGGUCAAGGUCACAGAGACACCUUAGCAAUCCAAACCCCUUGGAGAUUCACCUUGCACAACAGAAAAUCAGGCAGCAGGCUGAAAACAAUACAGAUGACCUUCCUGUUAAGGAACCUUCGUCCAAUCUUAGGAAAAAUAUGUCCAUGUCUCUAGCUGAUCUCAGCCAAUCACCAUCCAAACGUUCCAGUACGAUAGGAGUGGCUGAAAAGAAUGUUAUCUCCACUAUACAUAAUAUACUCAAUGUGAUUGGUGAUCAAAGGAGGGCAAAGACAUCAGAUAAACCUGAUAAGAUAAGCCCUAAAAAACCUGCACGUCCAAAUGAAGCUGGUGAUGCAGCUGAAAGAAAAGAAAGUGUUGCUCAAAAACGUAAGCGUGAGCCAGAUCGUAGACACACAGUUGGGAUAACUAAAACUACUCUAGCUGCUGCACGACAGAUCAGCACAAGAUCAAGUCCAACUGCAACAAGGCCAACAACACUCCUUAAUAACUCAGAAAAAUCACCAGCUGCACAAAAUGUCAAGUCCACUAGACACUCAACCAAUCAGAAAACUUAUUCUCCAACAUCUCCAAAAAUAACAUCCCCGAGGAAAGGAGAAAUUAAUUCCAAUACCCUUGCCUCACCUUCAACACCAUCCAGAGUUCUAAGUCCACCGACGUCACACUCAACACCAAGUAAUGUUCAAACACCCCCUUCAACACCCACCAGAGUUCAGAGCUCACAUUCAACACCAACCAGAGCUCAAAGUCCUCCCAAAUCACACUCAACACUGAACAAUGUUCAAAGCCCACCUUCGACACCCACCAGAGUUGUGACCUCACAUUCAACACCAACCAGAGUUGAAAGCCCACCUACACUUGAUUCAACACCCAACAAUGUUCAAAGCCCACCUUCGACACCCAUCAGAAUUGAAAGUCAACCAGGGCCAUAUUCUACCCCCAUCGGGGUCCAAAGCCCACCAAUCAUUGACAGAACUGCUGAGCAUAAUAUACCUGAAAAACCAGAUAUUCCAUCUUCAAAUGACACCAAAUCAGACUCAAAUGUUUCACCAGUGAAGCAAAUAAUCAAAAAGACAAGCACAGACAAACCUGCCACCAUAUCUGCAUCCACCAUACAGAAUCGCGUUAGAAUGACUGAAUCGCCCCAGCGUUCACCAAGAGCAUCAACUCCAGAUGGUAAACGUCAUAUCACUGUGAUCAGAGUAGAUACAGCUGCUUCUAAACAUAAACUGAAAUCUCUUGAGGCUUAUAAAGUACAACCCAAAUCAGGGGAAGGAAGCUUGACCAGAAGUAGGUCUUUUGCUGCUGGAGAUUCUAUGUCUCAACUUUCCAGAAGUUCUACCCCAGUGUCACAGACUUCCAGGAGCUCCACUCCAGUGUCACAGGCUUCCAGAAGCUCAACCCCAGUGUCACAGAUCUCCAGAGAGUCCACUCCACUAUCACAAGUGUCCAGUCCUCCCUCUGUGUCCAGUCAAAGCUCAUUAACCCCAGCGUCAUCUAGAAGCCCAACUCCUGAUAUUCCAUCUAAAAUGCCAACUCAGACAGUGGAGGAUGGCAAAGGAAAAGUACAAGAUCACAGUAGAACUACUAGAUCAACUAAUUUAUGGGGUGCAGAGAAUGCAGAUAUCUGGAUAACACCAGCUAUCCCUGAACACAGAGAAGUUGGCAAACUCAAGCCAGACACGGAAGCCAGUGUAGCAGCAUGUGAGCAUCUGGUAAACAACAUGAAGGAUGUUGUUAGCCAGGCAACCAACAUGUAUUUCAAGGUGUUGAAGAAUUCAGACAACACUGAACAGUCCAACAAGAUGAAGACUGUCCUAUCAGAAGCUUUCGAGGAAGUCCAUGAAUCAAUCGCCAUGGCAACAGGUAAAGCAACCGAAACGACCCGCAAUGACAUCAAACCCGAUGAGGAGAUGAAGAAACUACAAGAAAGCAUCGUAGAGGCUGCUUUGGGAGCAGUCAUGCCUCUAAUGCAUAACUAUUCAGAGAAACUUUCGCAACGAGUUUAUAGUCUCGUUCAGGAGAAGAUGGAGAAUGAGGUUUCAAGGGAUUAUGACUGCGAUACUUAAACAUUGGAUGUUUGUGAUCAUCAUAAAUUCCUGAAAAUGAUGGUCAGUUAUGUUGAAGGGCCCAUAUAUGAGGAUGUAGGACCAGAUAUGUCAUGUAGGCCAAUUAAAGGCACACGGGCCAGUUAGACUCAACCACUUAAGAACAUCACUUCACUUUUGAAUCUUUGUUGCUAAGAUAGGAUAUACGAAAAAUAUUGAAAAAUAUGAGAUUUUCAGAAAUUGGCAUCUGUUUAUCUAAGCUACAUUAUAGAGCAUGUAGAUACAAAAUGCUAAGAGUUUCUGUUGAUGUAUGUAAAUCUCCAUGUUUGUGUAUGUCAAUGUUUAGGCCAAGCAAGUGGUGCUCUAGUCAAAUUGUGUACACUGUGUGUAUGUACAGAUGAGAGAUAAAUGUGAGCUUGCACACUGAAUUACUUUUCAGACAAUUUCUCUAAAUAAAACUGCACUGCCUGUAUACAUUCUUAAAUGAAAUAAUACAUUCUUAAUCCAUAUUAAGCAAGCUAACAAUCUUCUUGUGCACAAUUCAUAUAUGCAAUAUUCGUUAUGAUGUAUAAACAUUGCAGUAUGUAGAAAAUAGAACUUUUGUAAAAAUGUACUGUAUAAUAUGCAUAUUUGGAAGGUAUGCUGAUGCUUUUGGUAUGUCGUGUUGGGUAUUUUUUACUCCCUGUUUCAGGGUUGAAACUUUGUCAGUCUAAUACACAGACUCAUGAGAUAUCUGUGUCCUUGGGCUGUGUGUCAGACUGACUUGGGUUAAAUCUACAUAUCUCUGCAGUAUAUGUUACUUUUAAGCCAUAUAUAUAUGGCACCAUAUUUGGCGCUUCAUAUGGUACGUUUUUUCGAAGCUGAAUAUAGCUCUAACACAAUUCAACAUGAGAGAAAAUGAUCAGGCAAAUGGGUACAUUAUCAUGAGUUUUAGCGUUGCAGGGGACAACUAAAAUUAAAGGCUAGUUAAUAAAGGCUUUUAAAACUGAGCAAUGAAAGAAAGUGAAAGGAAUGAUCUCACAUAACUAUCAUUCCAAACAUAAUCACUUUAAUUAUUUAAACAUCACAAGGUUACAUUAAGGCAUAUAAGGUGGACUGAACUGUUGAGUUGAGCCAUUUGAAUAAUGAGCUAAGUAUGUGUUUCAAUGGCUCAGUUGUAUACAAGGGGCUGAAUUAAAUAUUAAUGUGUCACUUUUUUGCAAAGUUAAUUACCAGGCCAGCAUAUUGGGAAAGGGAGAGGGUGUAAAAAGCGUUGCAUAAAUUGGAUGAUAUUGACUAUCCACCCUAAGUGCUUUAUAUGAUUGUGUAAUCAAGAAGAAGAAGGGGGGAUAUGAGACUUCAUGAAAUAAAAGAAUAUGAAAUUGGUUUUGUCAGUGUGAAAACUAAUCAACCAAGCCCCUUGGAAAUACAACUGAAUGAUAACAUAUUGAGGACCCAUCCCAUCCCAAUUUAUCAUAUCAAUGCAAUUUAAAAUCAUUGGGUAUUAUGUUGAAAGUAGACACUGUUUGAGUGAUGAUAUUAUAUUACCUGAAUGGAUAAAGGUGGUUUCUAUCAUUCACCUUCAUUUGCAAUACAAUUAUAUUAUGAAGUGUAAUAUGUUCUGUAGAGUUCAAUACUGAUUUAUAUUAAACAAAAAAACAUAAAGUUUUACAGAACACAUGAUUAGUACUGGUAUGGUGAAAGAAUGUAAAAAUGUAAACAUAAGGUGUGUAAAAUGUAAACAUUGAGGUCAAAAUGGUGAAAGCUACUGUUGUCCGUUGAAUUACAAUAUUGUACAUUCCAAAAUCAUAUCCCAAUACAAAGCAAAUUGUGUCACUGCAACCAAAAUUAAAAUUAUCAAUUAAAGUGUUAUUGUAGAAUUUUAUAUCAUGAAUCCAGAAAGAUCAAUAUCAUAAAGCAUACAAUGAGUAUUUAAUUGAACUGCAAUAUAAGAUUUGAUCUGUCACACUACAUUUUGACACAUUUGUGAUCGAUUUCAGUGUACCACAUGCAUCUGAUUGAAAUGAAGAUUUUAAUCAAAUGAAUAAAUGUUUUUGUACAGAGAGAUCACCCUUAUUCAACAUUGCAUUUCAUUUUAAGUUUGAACAUUUUUGCCAAAAGUAUUUAUUAGGUUUUAGGGUAUAUAUAGGUGUAAGUUAUGGAGAGUCCACUCUUGCGAUGAGCUAUAAUGUUCAAUACAGUUGUACUCGUAAAAUUGAACACCUACAAGGCAAACACAUUUUAAUACACAUGUAUCAUAAAAGGGGUGUUCAUGUUUUCAAGUUUUGCUGUGCAGUACUCAAGAAUUCUCUCCUGUAUUUAUUUUCUGUACAGAUGUAUAAAAUGUAAAUGGCAUAAUUGUUUUUUAUGAGGUGACAGAGUGUAACAUAUGAUGUGACAGGCUGGGUGUUAACUGCUGUAAAAUGUACACAAACUCUCUGUUGUAGAAGAAUGUGACGAUAAGUGAUUUCAUUUUAAGUUAAAAUGUUUUUGCCAAAAUUUUUUUAUAACAUAGUAUGUAUUAGGUGUAUCAGGUUUUAGGAUUAUCUCUACUGCCUUACGGCUGAUUGUUGACUUGAUGGUAUAUUUGUAAAAUUAGGUUAUGUCUCAAUGUUGUGCUGGUAUUAGAUAUUUGAUCAUCAAUGUGUUCAAUAUUCCAAUAACAAUAGGCUUAGAAGUAAUAGAUUUUAUGGCAAUGUUGAGUAGUGGAUUAGUUUUUCUACUAUCAUUGUAUUUUUGUAUUUAUAUUUGAUUAUCAUGCAGAUGUUGCUAUACUAAAGGACUGAAUAAACAUUUAUUUCAGAGAAUAUUCAAAUCUCUUUUUUAUCAAACUGAAAGGUUGAUUUCUGACCAAAUCUACUACAGUUUCUAUUUAACCAUCUUGCAUACCAUCUUUGUAUUGAAAAUAAGUGAGUUACUAACAAAAACUAAUAAUUGUAUUAUUUGAUGGACAUUAAUAUAUUGAAUACAUCUUAAGAAUUUCAAUACUAUUUGUGUUUUUGUUAUUGGGAUAUGUUGCUAAUAAAUGUAAACAGAAUAAAUAAACAACAAAAAUGUAUAUAAUGUACAUGUCUCGAAGGAAGACAUGAAAGAUGUUUGUAAAUAUGAGAUUUUGUACAUGAACUGAUUGUGUAUAUAUAUUAUUGAUCAAUACAGUAGUCUUCCUAUUCUGAA